AUGCCAAAAUUAGAUCCGAACAACUAUAGACCGACAAUGGCAUCUUCGACAAUCGAAGAAAUCAAAAUCGUUGUCGUCGGCGAUGGCUAUACUGGCAAAACCACACUAUGUAUAGUUUAUAAAGAUGGAGAAUACCCACAAGAUCCUUAUGUUCCGACGAUUUUUGAGAAUUAUGCAGCAACAGUAUCAUUGAACAAUCGAAAGUAUAUUCUUAAUCUAUUCGAUAGUGCUGGACAAGAAGAAUAUGAUCAACUUCGUAUCAUGGCUUAUCCGAAUACAAAUGUAUUUAUUCUGUGUUUUUCCGUUGUCGAUCCCGAUAGUUAUUCGAAUAUUUUGAGUAAAUGGAUACCUGAACUCAAUCGCUAUGCCCCGCGAGUACCGANUUUGCUCCUGCGCGUCUCUUUGUUGCGACUGACUGACAGAAUAUACGACUUGGGCUGA